CCUGGGCGGACCACCGCGCGAUUGCGCUUCGUUGGUCUCAAAAGCGCCGACCGUUCUCCAGGUGAAUCCUCCGCUAGCGGUGACGUUAACGCCGACGGAAAUUUCGGCCCGAGACUAGAAGAGGGGACGGACAAAUAAUCGGCGGGAAUUCCGGAACUUACCGCAUCACGAUUUUCAAAAGCAAUGGAAUUCUUUUUCCCUUGGCUUGCGAUGGUGAUGCGAAUAGGCGAAAACUGAUCGAUCGCACGGACACGUAUUUUGCAGGACCCUGCGAUCACCGAAGGAUUAUACCUGGAUCGGUGAUUAAUAUGUGCGCGGUGUUCUAAAGUCAACGCGUUUUUUUUUUUUUUUUUAAGUUUUUAUUACCUCUUUGAAAUUGAAAACAUUAUGGUGACGACGUUUUACCUGUGGUCGUUUGAAAGUAUAAAACGGGUCGCGAAAGUGUCGGAUAAAAUAUAAAAUAUUCCUCUGUAUUAAUAUACGAAUACAGAUAGUACGUAUAAUAGUUUUGUGUUAAUAUUAUAAUAUUUGUUAGACCGUACAACAUCGAGGACUGUGCAACGCUUAGGGUUUCUCAUGUAUAAGCGGUAAUCGCGACGGUUGAAUAUGACGGGAUAAAAAUAACUUUGAUAAGGAUACAAACCGCGGUGCGGACCGGAAGCUUUAAUUCCGUAAUGGACAUCUUUAAUUUUAUUCGUCGUUGACUGACCGCCAACGGUUAUUGCAUCAUAACAGCCGACUGAUAACAACGUUGCGGUCUCAGGCUGCGCGAAAAUACACGCUAUGCGACAAAGAGUUUAACGUCACGUUGGGAACAAGCUUCCAGCAAGUCCUCGAACAAGGAUAAUUUUAUUUUAUAACAGUUUUCAGUGUAAGCUCGAGUGCGCUUCAAACACUUUCAACAAAUGCGGUCUCGCGACUUUGGCAGUGUAAUCGUGCGUUCAUUUGGACCACGAGAUAUCGGCCACCUUCCGUUCAUCUCUGCUUAGAAAGUGGGAAAAGGACACCCUUGCAACCUACACCGCCCGACGCGACGGUGAAUUGCAAAGUUCGUAUAAUGGGAUGAUUCGACGGAAUAUACAGUCAGGGGUUGAUAAUAGCUCUAAAACCGUUCAUCCCAUCAUCGGGUUGGUUUUCAAAACUUCGGACUCGAAUGGUUCACAUAAAAUCUAAAGAAAUUUCUGUGAUGAUUGGUGGGGUAAACUUAACACGUCUGCAGAUAUGUUAAUUGUGACUGGUUAUACGAGCGAAGGAGGAAUUCAGGGCCGAGAGGAAUUGUGAAAAAUCAAUGAAUUAGUGCUACGCUGUACGUGCACAAUAUACAAUACGCUCUUUCACUCUGGAAGGAAAUACCUCCUUUGGGUGCUGUGGUGAUGUACGACAGCACAAGCUGUUCGUACGCAGGGGCGCUAGAUCUGAAGGGAGCUGGAUCUGGCACGGCAGUCGCCACCGCCGGGUCAGGGGUCAAGCAGGAGAACUGGCCUUAUCGGGGUCUCGCCUGUGGAAGCACCUUUCAGCAGCUCAAACAGAGCGUCGAAAAGGCGAAGCAAGCCUUGGCUGAUCGAGGCGGCUACCUGGCCGGCGCUUUCUCACCACCACCGAGGGCUAAUUCUGCUGCCAUAUCACCGACCACUUCCAUCACCGAUGCCAGCAGUUCGUACAAAGGCGGCUGGAGUCACGCCGCUUCACCAGCCCCUGGCCAGGGAUACGGCAGUAGUCUUUCAAAGUCUGCGCUCGACACGCAUUCGCACCUCAGACAACCCGUUUCUUUAUUUUUUGCGUUUCCAGGAGUUUUUCUCACGGUCGACACUAUGUCGGUAUCGGUUCCAGAUCCGUACCAAAUGUUCGGAGCGACCAGCAGUCGUUUGGCGAGUUCGGGCUCGGGGCAAAUUCAGCUGUGGCAAUUUCUGCUCGAGCUAUUGUCCGACUCGAGUAACGCUGCCUGCAUCACGUGGGAGGGUACCAACGGUGAAUUCAAACUGACAGAUCCGGACGAGGUUGCCAGGCGGUGGGGCGAACGGAAGUCGAAGCCAAACAUGAACUACGACAAGCUUUCGAGAGCGCUCAGGUACUACUACGACAAGAACAUAAUGACGAAAGUUCACGGCAAGAGGUACGCCUACAAAUUUGACUUCCAAGGUUUGGCGGCGGCGACGCAACCGGCGGCGGCUGAUCCCGCGGCGUACAAGUACCAGAGCGAACUCUUCAUGUCGGGUUACGGUCACGCAAAAUUGAACCUGAUGCCACCGCCGGCGGCCUCGGUCUCCGUAUCGGUUCCCGGGGGCCUCUUCCAGUCGGCCUCGAGCUACUGGUCGAGCCCCGGGGCGAACCUCUACGCCGGCCACCACACGGCGAGCGGCCACGUACCUCCGCACCUUGGUACUUACCCCCAUUACACAUGACCCACCGCCGAGCAUUGGGGCGCUCUUGGAGCCCCGCGCUGAUUGUGAGUCGAGCCCUUGAUGGCGCCGCGCCACGUGCCGCAGUGUCCUACCCUGUGCUGUGCCAUACCGUGCCAUUGCCGUGAUAACUCAUAACCGCCGGUCGAACCUGCACCCUUUCCACCCUUAGACCCUUACACCCCCGCCCCAUCCCCUCUCCUCACCGCGCUGCUCGUUUUUUCGUGCAGAAAAUUUCCCCGCCCAUCCAACAACCACCGAAAAAGAUCCUCGAGCAGGAUCUUGUGCUAUGUAUAACUGUUAUACGUAUAGUAUUACAUAUAGUAUUAUAGCUAUAUGUAUAACGUGCAGACCAAAUUCGUGCGAUCGUAUGUGCACGCUGUAUGAUAACACCAGAGACUUCGGCUUCUACACGCGAUUCACUCGCGGCUAUAAGGACGAUACAAAGACUCGUUAUAUUUUACUGCGCUGUAUUCCUGUACGUACGCGUGUAAUGCGUUACCAGUGAGAAAUUACCGAUGCAACGUCUUGUAAAUACACAAAAAAAUCUCUCCGCCGGGAUCCGACGGACGUCGUCGACCGUCGCCCCGCGGGCAUCGCUAGUCUUAAGUUAUUACAAAUAUAUUGUGUGUAUUAUAAAGUCUCUUUAUUUAUUUCCGUUGAUCGUUUGUAUACCUGAAAGGGUGAACCGUCGUUUGGUGUUCUCGAAUCCGGGGGCUGGUCGGUUGUUCGUAAACGGCCUGUACCGUGCACUCUAAUUCCGCGGUUCGAAAAUUUCGAAGCAAUAAUGUAUGAUUGAACAAUUAUACAGAGUCAACUUGUUGUUUUAACGAAACUUCCAAACGAAUCAGAUCUCUGCUCCGUCUAAUUUUUCACCUUUUACACGAUACGUGUAUUAUUUCUGUUCAAAAAUCGUGUACAUUUUUUUUUUUUUAUGCAGCCCGCCUGUAACUUGAACAAGGUCAGAAGCAUGAAGCUUGGACCUGUGAGAACCAAUAUUAUAAAAACAGUAUAGAAAAUAUCAAGCGACGUGUUUACUUCAGAAUGAUAAGGAAGGAGAAAAAAAGAGAACGAAGAAAAGAAGGAAGAUGAUUAAAACAUACCUCUGUCAAAAGAAAACCAAAAAAACAACCAAAAAAAAAAAAAAUCGUUAAUUCUAAGUCGUAUAUUGUACCAUAUUACUACCAUAAGUAUAAAGUGCGUAAGCAUUAGCGUAAUAAUUAGAUACUAAAAACAAAAACAAAAUCAAUAUAUAUAUAUAUAUAUAUGUAUAUAUAUAUGUGUGUGUGUGAGUCAUUUCACGUCAAAUCACUCACUUUUAGAGCAAAAUUUACAUCGAUGUUUCCAAAUUUCACAAAAUUUUGUGAAUAUGUUAUUUUUUUCACGGGACAAUUUCCCUAAAUUUUAUGUAACUUUACUAUCAGUAUUUUCGACCCCGUAUAAUUUCGAAAAUACUUAUACUAAACUUCGAAAAAAUUAGAGAAAUUCUCUCGAAUCGGAGGCGAUAUAUUCACAUAGUUUUAUAAAAUUUGAAUACCCGACCGUUUCGAGAGUGUGCGGUUUGACGUCAAAUGACUCAUAUAUAAAUAUUUUAACGCGUUCGGGGAAUUUCUCGGGCUGGACUUUUUAGACUCACGUACCAGAUGUAUUAAUUGAAAAAUUUAUACUCGUACUGCGGAAAUGUUCGACUUCCGAUCCGGGAAAUUCCCGUGCGACACCAAUGUAGAUAGGGUGUUUUCAUGUGUAGUGUAUUUAAAUAUAAAUUCUAUACAAUAAUAGUAAUAAUUAUUAUUAUUAUAAGCGCGUAGCGAUCCUAGUCGAGUGCGUGAGAAUUUACGCUGCAAGAACGGUGAAAAUAAUUAAUAAAAACGAGCAUAAAAGUUGUGCGUGAGUAAGUUAUAUAGAUACAUAUAAAUACAGGUAUGUAUAUAUACACGAGAGUGUGUAUGUGUGUGUGUGUGGAUGAUAUACGUACGAGUGCGAGUCAGCGAUUGCCCGUGGCGUUCGAAAUUAUAAAUAGGAUGAAAUAAUAUUAUACUUAUUAUUACUAUUAUCACUGUAUUAUUGAUACGAGUAUUAUUUUCAUUCUUAAAAAUGUGUUAGUUACUAUUAUCACCAUUACAGUGUAUACUAUAUACCUACAUGUAAGAUUACGAAUCAAACCGCAAUAAUUAUUAGACGGAGACCGUGAAAUUACGACGAGAAAAGAAUCUAUAAUGCAGUUGUAUAAUAUACAUGUUCGUUUCGUUCUUGUUAUUGUCUGUUUUUCUCGACACUUCUGUCAUUAUUCUCAAUUGUUUCUUUUCCUUUUCCUUUUUAUUUUAUUUCCUUUUUUUAUUUUAUUUUUUUUUGUACGCCGGAUGUCUGAGUUUUAAGCGUAGGAUACGAUACGUUAGGUAGAUACGCAGCCCUCCCGAAUAACCGUAAUCACCGAUCGAAUGAAUUUUCAACUGUUUAUUAUUUAUUUAUAUUUUUCAUAUUUUCAUCAGAAAAUACGGGGAAUUUCUAACGUCAGAUUUCACGACGACGACGACGACGACGACGACGACGACGAUGAUGAUGAUGAUGAUAAGUGUAACUUGUGAAACGAAUACGUGGUCGGGUGGGCUUGCCGUUGUUGUUCUUGUUGUCGUGCGCUUGUAUUAAAGUCGCCAUGUUCUAAUUAAAUGAGCCGAUGGGGUUGUAUCAGUCGUCGGCAAAAUCAA